AUGGUGGGGAAAAAAAAGUAAUAUUAUAAGAAAAAGAUAAAUGAAUUAGAAUCAUAUAGGGUGAUAGAUGACUCAUUCAUUCAUUCAUUCAUUUAAAUAUAAAUAGAGGUUGGGGGGUUUUAAUCAUUCAUUCAUAAUGAAUGUACUAAUGCUUGUUUGAUAAUUAGUUUGUUUGUUUAUUUGUAUGCUUUUUGUAUGUAUGUUGGUAGGAAGGUAUUUAGGUUGUAUUUUUUAAUUAAUAAAUUGAAUGGAAAUAUAUUUUUUCUAUUGGUUAGUAAAAAUUCAAUUUUACAACGAGAUUAUCCAAUCAGAAAGCAGAUACAAAAGACAAGGAGAUCAAUAAUUUCAUUAUAAAAAUAAUGCAAAUUGCUUUUGUUUUAAUAAUAUCAAAUAAUUAAAAAAAUACAAAAGAAAAAAAUCAAUAAAAAAACACAUCAAUCUAAAAUGGCCAAAUCAAAAGACGACAGCAAGCCCGCUCCCCCCAAGAGACCCUUAUCCGCUUUCUUCUUAUUCAAGUAACACAACUACGAAUAAGUCAAGAAGGAAAACCCCAAUGCCAAGAUCACCGAAUUGACCUCCAUGAUCGCUGAAAAGUGGAAAGCUGUUGGUGAAAAGGAAAAGAAGAAAUACGAAACUUUAUAAUCUGAAGCUAAGGCUAAGUACGAAAAGGACAUGUAAGCCUACGAAAAGAAGUACGGCAAACCCGAAAAGUAAAAGAAGAUCAAGAAGAACAAAAAGGGAUCCAAGUGA